AUGAAGAAAUUGGAAACUGAAGUGCAGAAGUACAAGAGAGUAGCAUUCAUGUUGUUAAAAGCAUUUCCAUUACUAGACAGAGCGUAUAAAGCUCUGAGUGGUUGGAAAGCUAAAUUGCUGUCACAAGCAGGAAGAACAGUGUUGAUUAAUUCUACAUUGUCUGCUUUCCCCUGUUAUCAGAUGCAAUGUUUUGAGUUUCCAAAAGGAACUUUAGAUGAAUUUGAUAGAAUACAGAGGGAUUUUUGGUGGGAUAAAGAAAACCCUAAAAAGGCUUAUUAUCCGAAAGCUUGGGAUGCUAUCAGAAUGCCUAAGAUUAGUGGAGGUGUAGGUAUUAGAAAUCCUCAUAAUGUUAACUUAUCUUUGCUUACCAAGUUAGGAUGGAGGAUGCUUAACAAUCCUAAUGAUCUUUGGAUACGAAUUCUGAAAGGAAAAUAUUUUCCUAGAAAUAAUCCCCUUCAUAAGAAUAGAGAUUAUGAAAUUUCCUUAAUUUGGCAUAGUAUUAGGAAGGGAUUAGAUAUAGUAAAGGAAAAUUAUAUUUGGGAGGUAGGAGAUGGAAGAAAUAUUAAUAUAAGCCUAGACAAUUGGAUCCCUGGAGUAAGUCAUUUACAGAAUUUGAAUGAUAAUGAACUAAAAUUUUUCUCGGACUUGAUUGAUCAAAAUGGUUGCUGGGAUAAUAACAAGAUUGAUGUAUCUUUUACGCCUGAUGUUGCUUGCAAGAUUAAGUCGAUUUAUAUAAAUGGUGAUAGUCAAGAUAGGAUCAGAUGGAGAGGAACGAAAAAUGGAGAGUUUUCUUCAAAGUCAGUUUAUAGAAUAUUGUCUAAUACAGGGGAUAAUGGAGAUAAAUGCUGGCAAAAAAAUAUGGCAUUUAGAUCUACUGCCUAG